AUCCAGGUAAAUUGGUCGCAGGCUCAAAGGUGAUGCAUUUAUGUGCCUUCUCACCCCUUUCUCUCUUUGCCUCUCUCCCCUUUCCAAAUUGUGUCUCCCACAUCAAACAGCGUAGCCGGUGGGAAGCAGCAGCUCUCCACACUGACAAGACAUCAACUUGUGUUUUUGCUGCUAAAGCGAAAACGCACAACUUCCUCCACUGAGUCGCGUAAAAGAAGGCAUGAAGACAUCAUCCUAGUCAUCAGUCAUGGCCGAUAAAAGGAAACUUCAAGGGGAAAUAGAUCGAUGUCUGAAAAAAGUAGCGGAAGGAGUCGAACAGUUUGAAGACAUUUGGCAAAAGAAUCAGAAAAGGAUUUAUUGCCAACUUCACAAUGCAGCCAACGCCAACCAGAAAGAGAAAUAUGAAGCGGACCUCAAGAAAGAGAUUAAAAAGCUACAGCGUCUUCGAGACCAGAUCAAGACGUGGGUGGCAUCCAACGAGAUCAAAGACAAAAGGCAGCUAGUAGAGAACCGCAAACUCAUAGAAACGCAAAUGGAGCGGUUCAAAAUAGUGGAGAGAGAAACCAAGACGAAGGCGUACUCAAAAGAAGGUUUGGGUCUGGCCCAAAAGGUGGACCCGGCCCAGAAAGAGAAGGAGGAGGUCGGCACUUGGCUAACGAACACGAUCGACACGUUGAACAUGCAGGUGGACCAGUUUGAGAGCGAGGUGGAGUCUCUUUCAGUGCAGACGAGGAAAAAGAAAGGAGACAAAGAGGACCGGAUUGAGGAGCUGAAGGCAUUCAUCGAAAAGCAUCGGCACCACAUCCGGAUGCUGGAGACCAUCCUGAGGAUGCUGGACAACGACUCCAUACAGGUGGACGCCAUCAGGAAGAUCAAGGACGAUGUGGAGUAUUAUCUGGACUCGUCGCAGGAUCCAGACUUUGAGGAGAAUGAGUUUCUGUACGACGACCUGGACCUGGAAGAAAUCCCUCAGGCACUGAUCGCCACCUCCCCGCCGGGAAACUCCAACUUGGAGGACGAGAUCUUCCAGAACUCCAGCAGCACGCCCACCUCCACCACCUCAUCUUCACCCAUCCCCCCUUCACCUGCCACUUGCACUACGGAGAACUCAGAAGAUGACAAGAAGAGGGGACGUUCGACAGACAGCGAAGUCGGUCAGUCACCUGUGAAGAACGGGAACCCCUCUUCCUCGUUAUCCUCUUCCUCCUCCUCCUCGUCUUCCUCCUCCUCAUCCUCCUCCUGCUCUUCUUCUUCCUCCAUCCCGGGCCUGACCUCAUCCUCGCUCGUCUCUAUGGCGACCAUCACGGGGGGAGGACUCAGCGGCUCCGGGGCCAACAGUCUUCACGGCAGCUUGGGGGGUCUCCUCUCCAACACUUCGGCCGGCAGCUACAGCAGCGCCACCCAGCAGCAGCCGCAUCCGUCGGCGCAGCAGCAGCAGUCCAAACACUUAGCUGGCUCCUCCUCCUCGGCUCCUAUCUCCAUCCCCAACUCCUCCACCAACAGCCACCUGGUGUCCUCCGCCCCUUCCCCCCCCAACGCCAUCACGCAGGGGCUCUUCACCUCCAGCUCCCAGGCCCAGUCUCUGUCGGGGCCCGCACCGACCUCCAACAGCCUCGGCCUCAGCCUCGGCCUCUCGCUGGGGAAAGGCGGCAUGUCCGGCUGCAUCACCACCAGCCCCAUGUCCGGGAGCCUCGGCCUAUCAGGGAUGCCGGCGUCCCUGAGCAGCAUGGCGAGCCUCCUUUCCGGCUCCACCCCGGCACCCUACGCCCAGGCAGCCGCGUCGGGAGCGAUCGGCUCCGGCCUCCCAGGCUCCCUGGGCGGCAUCGGCAUCAGCCCCACGACGACCCACAGCGCAGUGGGCUCCAUCGGCAGCGGGAGCAUCACGGUCGGCGGGCCGACGUCCUCGACGGGAGGUCUGCUGGGCCCGGCGCCGGGGUUGACCAACGUCGGCUCUGGCAUGCUGGGUUUGGGUUCUGGUCAGUCGGGGAUGCAGGGGUCCUCCCUGGUGUCCCUGAGCCCAGUCGGAGGCUUAGCGCCGGGUAGCGGAGUGGGAGUCAUCGGGAGCAACGGAGGCAGCUCUGGAUCAGCAGGGAGCGGAGUGGUGGGAGGGAACCUGUCGCUCUCCGUCAGGCCGCCGAGCCAACAGAAGCAGAACGGUAGCACCAGUUACAGCGCUGUGGUAGCAGACAGCACAACAGACUCCGCCCUCACCAGUGCCAGCCAAUCACAAAGCAGCCAACCCUCGUCUUUGACCUCCGCAGCCAAUCAGCCUAAGGACACUGGUUCCAGUUUACUGGGCUCUAUUUGUCUGUCGUCCAGCUCCCCGUCGCCGGCCUUCUACAGCGAGGCUAAAGCGGUGAGCGGCGGCAGCCUGCUGAACGGGCCGCUGUCCUACUCGCAGUCCUCCGACAGCAUGAAGACCCAGGAGCCUCUGAGCAGCCUGAAGUCCAUGGCCGAGCGAGCUGCACUCAGCUCAGGGAUGGAGGGUGACGUGUCCUCCCUGCACCUCACCCCAGUCUCCGUCUCCUGUCUCCCUUCAGACAUCUUCCCCAGCAGCACUACGGCCCCCUCGGGCCCGCCGUCGGCACCUCAGCUCUCGCUGUCAGAGGUCAGCAUCCCCCCGUCACUGGGCGUCUGCCCGCUGGGGCCGGUUCCCCUGUCCAAAGACCAGCUCUACCAACAGGCCAUGGAAGAGGCGGCGUGGACGCACAUGCCCCACCCAUCUGACUCCGAGAGGAUCAGGCAGUACCUGAUGAGGAACCCGUGCCCCACCCUGCCUUUCCACCACCAGGUGCCACCGCCCCACUCGGACACUGUAGAGUUUUACCAGAGGCUUUCCACCGAAACCCUCUUCUUCAUCUUUUACUACCUGGAGGGCACAAAGGCCCAGUAUCUGGCAGCGAAAGCCCUGAAGAAGCAGUCAUGGAGGUUCCACACAAAGUACAUGAUGUGGUUUCAGAGGCACGAAGAACCCAAGACCAUCACGGAUGAGUUUGAGCAGGGAACAUACAUUUACUUUGACUAUGAGAAAUGGGGCCAGCGGAAGAAGGAAGGCUUCACGUUUGAGUACCGGUACCUAGAAGACCGAGACCUCCAGUGACCCGCAGAGAGGAAGACAGACAGACGGACGGACGGACGGACGGACAGACGAACGGACAGACAGCUGAGGACGUGAGAGAGGGACAGACGGAUGAAGAACGAACGCAUGAAGAAGGGUGCUCCACCUGCUGACAUUCCUUUGAUUGACCUCAGCUCG